GGAGGCGGAGUGCGCAUGUGUGGUUUGCGCAGUACCGGGAGUUUGGGCCUGGUAGAGACUAAUCUUACCGAAGGCUGCGAUGCAGGGUUCCGUGAUUCGGCGUACACAGGAGUUGCUGGGGCGCGUGAUUCGAAAACCGCCUCUUACAGAGCGCCUUCUCAGCAAGCCCCCUUUCCGCUACCUGCACGACGUGAUCGGGGAGGUAAUUAGAGCAACUGGUUUCAUGAAAGGAUUGUAUACAGAAGCAGAGAUGAAAUCUGAUAAUGUUAAGGAUAAAGAUGCAAAAAUAAUCUUUCUUCAGAAAGCAAUUGAUGUGGUCAUCAUAGUGACAGGAGAACAUUUGGCAGUAAAACCUGCACGUGUUGUUGCAGGACAUGAACCUGAAAAAACAAAUGAAUUUCUCCAAGCAAUUGCUAAAUGCUGUCUCAAUAAGCUUUCCAGUGAUGAAGCUGUUCAGAAAGUACUUGCUGAAGAAAAAUCUUUUAAAGAAAAGACACCAUCUUCAUCUAAAUCUCAAAACACAGAAUCUAAAACAGAAGAAAGUAGAUAUCAUAGAGAGGGAAGAAAUGAUUCUGAAAUAAAAGACAAAAGCACAAUUCAGGACCAAAAAGUCAAAGAAGAAUUGAAAGAGGAAGAAAGCAAGCAAAGAGAAAAUGAAAAAUAUAAAGAUUAUGAAAAUAAUCCCAAUAAUUUUGAUAAAACUGUAAAUGAAAGUGAAAAACAUGAAAAAGAGAGAAUCAAAAAUAGAUUAUCCAAAUCAGCAAGAGAGCCAGAGAAAAUUAGAGACAAAGAAAAAGUAGAAGUGGAAGGAGAAAAAGAAUGUGAUAAAGAAAGAGACAAGGAAAGGAAACAACAUGAGGGAGGAAAAGAAAAAGAGCGGUUGCGAGAAAAAGAAAAACCUAGAGACAGGGAUAAAGACUCUGAGAAAGUCCGAGAUAGGUACAAAGAAAAAGACAAAAGGAGGGAAAAGGGUAAAGAUAUAGAAACCACACGAGAAGAAAGAAAAGACAAAAUGGACAAAAAGUCCACAGGAUCUGAAGAGAUUAUUGCUAAAAAACUAGCAGAAAAGUCUAUAAAUAAAGAUCAAGCUGAAUUUGAUAAAGAAAAUGAAAAUUCUGCAAGAUUAUCGAAGCAGCAUGCAACAAAAGGACCAAAACAGCGAAACAAAACUUUAAGUGAAGGUAAAAGGCUACCACGACCCAGCAGUGCACGACCAGCUCCACCCCGUAUAAAACAUCAACAAAGUACAGAGAUUUUAAUUCCAGAAAGAAAUGGCAGUGCCAAAAUGGUAUCAAACGUUAUUAUAGAUAAAGAAGAAGAAGAGGAUGACCAGUUUAUAGUGAAAGCAGAACAGCAGCUACCUGAAAUAACAGAACUGAAAAUGGAGGCAACAGUAGAGCUUGAAGGAGAUGAGAAACAUGGUAGCCUUGUCCAAAGAAUAUUGGAAACAAAGAAGGAUUAUGAAUUGUCACAGUUGCAAAAAUCUGCUGAAAAGGAGAAGCCACUUUUGUCAGAAGCAGCAAAGAGAAAGGAAAAAGAUUUAGUAACUAAAGAAAUAGAGAAAUUUCGUGGCUCUAUUCAGGCCCUUUGUCGGAGUGCUCUUCCUCUUGGUAAAAUAAUGGACUAUAUUCAAGAAGAUGUAGAUGCCAUGAAAAAUGAGCUUCAGACAUGGCAGAAUGAAAAUAAAGAACUUGAAGAGACCCUGAGGAAGGAACAAGGAAUCACAGAUGGUGUUGUGGAACCCUUAAAAAUAGAACUUACUGAGUUGGAUCAAUUGAUCAAAGAUGAAGAAGACAAGAUUUAUACUAAGAAAGCUAAUGUUUUAAAAAACAAUGAAAAAAUUCAGAAGAUGGUUCAUAUUAUCAACUCAAGAAGGAUCAACAUCUUGACACGAUCUUCUGUGGAGCCGAAACUGAAUCCCACUUAAUGGCAUCUGAACUUUACCCCUGUGUCCCCUCCCCAUUAAUCACAUUCGCCAACAAGAUGUUAUGGCAGGUUCUGGACAUGCGCAUUCACAUCCCAGCUAUAAGAAUAUGAGACUUUACUCUGGCCAAAAGUACGCAUGGAAUUCUCCUCCCUUCUCAAGUUGAUAGUAGUCAUGGAAGCGCUUUACAUGUUGACAUUAUGUUUUCUAUAAAUUAAAUAAAAUGUCUAUUUUUGUA